AUGGCGUACGGGGGGCCCUACGUCAUCCUGCUCAUGUCCAUCUUCUCCAUCUACACCGGCUUCAUCUACAACGAGUUCUUCUCCCUCGCCUUUGACUUCUCCCUCUUUGGCGGCACCGCCUACCACUGCCGCACGCCCGACUGCCAUGACUCGGGCACAGCAGGGCUGGUGAAGGAUGGGGCGACGUACCUGUUUGGAGUGGACCCGGCGUGGAAGGGGUCGCGCACGGAGCUGCCGUUCCUGAACUCGCUCAAGAUGAAGAUGAGCAUCAUCCUCGGCGUCACACAGAUGUUUGCCGGCAUCAUCCUCUCCUUCUUCAACGCCCAGUUCUUCAAGAAGCCCCUCAACAUCUGGUACGAGUUCAUCCCGAAGAUGCUAUUCCUGGGCUUGCUCUUCGGCCACCUCUCCAUGCCCAUCCAUCAUUUCCGUUGCCUCAGUCCAGUCUCUCGCCCUUUUCCAUUGCACCCCUCCUCCCCCCCCCUCCCCCCUUCCACUUCUCCCCCCCGCAGGUACGAGUUCAUCCCGCAGAUGCUUUUCCUGGGCUCGCUAUUCGGCUACCUGUCGAUGCUCAUCAUCCUCAAGUGGGUCACCGGCUCCCAGGCAGACCUGUACCACGUGAUGAUCUACAUGUUCCUCAACCCCGUCGAGCCGCUGGGGGACAACGCGCUGUUCUACGGCCAGGGCACCGUGCAGAUUAUCCUUCUCUUCAUCGCGCUCAUUGCGGUGCCGUGGAUGCUGCUGCCCAAGCCCCUCAUCCUCCGCGCCCAGCACAUCCAGAAGAUGGCAGGGCGCACAUACCACGCGCUGCCAGGCAGCGAGGGCGAGGCGGGGGCGAACGGGGAGGAGGAAGAGGGCGAGGAGGAGGAGUUUGAGUUCGGGGAGGUGAUGGUGCACCAGAUGAUUCACUGCAUCGAGUUUGUGCUCGGGGCUGUCUCCAACACCGCCUCCUACCUCCGGCUUUGGGCGCUCAGUCUGGCACACGCGCAGCUCUCAGCGGUCUUCUACGAGCGAGUCCUGGAACCUGCCCUCGCCUCUGGCAACGUGUUAGCCAUUCUGAUUGGGUCGCUGGUAUUUGCAGCGGCCACAGUGGGUGUGCUGCUGCUCAUGGAGACACUCAGUGCCUUCCUGCACGCACUCAGGCUGCACUGGGUGGAGUUCAUGAACAAGUUCUAUGUCGGCGACGGGUACCAGUUUGUGCCGUUUGCAUUUGCCUCUCUGCCUGAUGAUGAGGACUAG